CAGUGGCCACCGAGCAAAAUGAAUAUCAUCCGACUGUUAAAGUGAUGUCUUCCAGAUGUAGACAUGUUCUUCACCACACAGCCAAUCCUGCCAUGUUAUCAAUGCCUUCUCCUACAGAUCUGAUGAUUCAAAUCUUUAUUUGAUCUCUCGUGUGUGCAGCAGUCAUUUUGGUUGUGGGGAAAAAUGACGUGACGCCUCAAGAAAAACGUGGCUCUAUUUUUUACAUGUUAGAUAAGCUGAUGAUAAUUUUCCAAACUUCUUCAUUUUCCUUUCUCACUUUGCAUCUUCGUGUGUCGACCCUCCCUCCUCCUACUUCCCCCUGAAGAAGAACACGCCCCCUUCAUCCAUCCAUUCAUCCGUCCGUCCAUCCGUGGACCUGCAGCUUCCCGGCAGCGGUGCUGCUGUUCCAGAAGGAGUGACUGAACCAUUCCAGUCCAUAACCUUGAGAGGCGGAGCAACUGGACCCACUCUUCCUGCUUACGUUGUCUUGGACGUUCCGAACUGAACAUCCGAAUCGGAACAGCCCCACGCCUGCCUGUGGCUGCGCGCCCGGAGCUCCGCUGCGUCCCGGCGCAGCUGCUGGAACAGGAGCCGCCGCGCUGCGGCAGGGAUGCCGCUCAGAUCCUGGAUUUGCAGGUGAUAGACGGUUCCAGGUGUGAAGCUUCACCUCCAGCAUCAUGGGGAAUCAAGGGCUGAAGACACAGUCCUGAAGAUUGAUGGAGGGCCAUGCUGUUCAAACAGCAGGCACUGCUGAGACAGAAGCUCUUCGUACUGGGCAGUCUUGCUAUUGGAAGUGUUCUCUACUUGGUGGCCCGGGUCGGGACUUUGGAUAGGCUCCAGCCCAUUUGUCCAAUUGAGAGUAAAUUUUCCACCCCUGGACCGGAGCAGAUUCCUCUCCGCACACUGCAGUUUAAGCGUGGCGUGCUCCAUGAACGGGGCAAUGUCACCAAAGAGCAAAUUCGUCCACACAACUUGGUUCAACAGCUACCUCGAGCCAUUAUUAUUGGGGUUCGUAAAGGCGGAACUCGCGCGCUGCUGGAAAUGCUUAACUUACAUCCUGCCGUGGUCAAAGCCUCACAGGAGAUACACUUCUUUGACAACGACAAAAACUAUGCCCGUGGCAUCGAGUGGUACAGAGGAAAAAUGCCCUACUCCUUCCCCCAUCAGAUCACUAUUGAGAAAAGUCCUGCGUAUUUCAUCACAGAGGAAGUUCCUGAGCGCAUCUUCAAGAUGAACUCCUCCAUCAAGCUGUUGAUCAUCGUACGGGAGCCCACCACUAGAGCGGUGUCUGAUUACACGCAGGUGUUGGAGGGAAAAGAGCGCAAAAACAAAACUUACCACAAGUUUGAGAAAUUAGCUGUUGAUUCCAACACUUGUGAGGUGAACACAAAGUACAAAGCUGUCCGGACCAGCAUCUACACCAAACACUUGGAGCGCUGGCUGAAGUAUUUUCCUGUGGAACAGUUCCACAUUGUUGAUGGGGAUCGCCUCAUAACAGACCCACUGCCGGAGCUGCAGCUGGUAGAGCACUUCCUCAACCUCCCGUCCAGGAUCAGCCAGUACAACCUGUACUUCAAUGUCACCAGGGGGUUUUACUGUCUGCGGUUCAACAUUGUCUUCAGCAAGUGCCUAGCAGGCAGCAAGGGUCGCAUCCAUCCUGAGGUGGACCCAGCUGUGGUGACUAAACUGCAGAAGUUCUUUCAUCCCUUCAAUCAGAAAUUUUAUCAGAUUACUGGCAGAACAUUCAACUGGCCUUGAUGAGUCACAAAGUCCUGCAAUGAGAUUAUUUAGUGGAAUCUUGUUUUCAUUUUUCUAAGUGUUAAUUGAACUAUGAGUUGAUCUUACUGAAAAAAAUGAUCAAAUUGAAAGUUCCUUUAGCAAAAUCAUUUUUCACUGAAGAGAAUUAAAAUAAAAAUAGCUAAAAGCACUCAUUCAUGCACAUCCAGAAACAAACGAUUUCUGUGACUAAAUCGAGUGUUUAUUUUUUAAAGGAAUUCAUGCUGGUGUAAUUAGCUUUAAGACUGACGCUUUUUUUCAGAUAACACACUUCAGAAUAAUGAAAGAAAUGAAUGAGAGAAGAAAUGAAUGGAUGGAUGAGUGAAUUCUUAAAUAAAUGAAUGAGUGAAGAAAUGAAUAAGUGAAUUCAGAUGAGUGAAUGAAUGAACAAACAAAUUCUUUGUCACAUUGUUUAUAUGAUCCAAACUGCAUGUCCUACCCAUGACAUCCAAAUGUUAUAAUUUCAUAGCUCACUGUUGUGUAAGUUCUUUUGGUUCAUGCUCUUCAAUCACAGGAUUUUUAAAUACAUUUGUUAAACAACCUUUUUUUUUAUUAUUCUUUGUCCAAAGGGCUUUAGAGUUUCAAGAAUAAAGAUCUGGUGUUUUAGGUUUUCAGUAUUUACUGUAGCUUUGACACUUUCUGGGGAUUAAACAGAAGUUUGCUGUUUCUAAAAGCUGUUUCAUCUAAUUCUAGCAAAAGCAAAAAAAAAAGCUACAAGAAGCUGUAAGAAAAUCUGGAGCUGGCCUUAGACGUCUGUCAGACCACUUCUAUUCUGUGUCCAUGUGCAAAUAUUCACUGUAAUACAUGUGUUGUUAAAAAAUAAGUGGAUUAAAGAACAUGGAAACCUUUCUGGAA